AAAAAGUAUAUUAGAAUUCUGAAAAAUAUGUACUUAAAAAAAGUUCAAAAUAUUGUUCUAAAACUUUAACAUUAAACAUUUAACAACAUUCCGACCAUUAUCAACACUAACGCGCUCGCCUAAAAAUAGACAAUAGUUUUGUACGAAUAAUAAAAGAAAGAAGAGGCCAUACAAAAAUCCGCAUACGAAUUGAGACAUUAAUACAAAUUGACUACCUGAGACAGUGGCAGUAUCUACACAAAUUCGUUUGCCUUGUAUACCGCUAAUUGAAUUAAGUAAAACAUCACUUUGAGUUCUUCCAUACAACUCGCACUGCCAAAGUUAAUCCAUAACUGAAACGCUAAAAAAUGGAGCCAAAUCUCAUACAACAACUCAUCAACGCAACCGAGAAAGCAGCUAAUAUUGCACGUGUCUGCCGUUCCAAUGAGACUUUACUGAAGUUGUUGGUACAGGAAAAAACCGGACCGGAAGCGAAUGCGCGCUUCGAACACGAUUUCAAAACCCUCGCUGAUGUGCUGAUACAAGAGACCAUCAAACGUGAUAUUGCUGCUGUGUUUCCUGCAAUGCGCGAUGCCAUUAAAGGCGAAGAAUCGCCGAACUUUACAAAUGCGGAUGGCGAGUCAACGGUUAUAGUAGUGGGGGAGACAGCAGAGGAAACAGCACAGUGUCUGGCGGCGAUACUAAAUGUCGAAGCGGCGGAAGUACUUGCCGGUGAGGUGCAUCGCGAUGUGGCAUACGAAGAAGCGCUUUUGGGUGAAAUUCCAGUGCUGCCACCAGAUUUGGAUUAUAGCAACUUGGGUAUUUGGAUAGAUCCAAUUGACGGCACUGCUGAGUACAUAUCUGGCGAUAGCAUUUUCACCGACUUUCCAGGCAUCACUUCAACUGGUUUAGAUUGUGUUACCGUGCUGGUUGGCGUAUACGAGCGCACGACUGGUAUACCCGUGAUUGGUGUUGUCUCCCAACCUUUCCACAACAAGCUGGAUGAAAAUGUGUACCGUUCCCUAGUGUUCUGGGGUGUUUGUUUACCGGACUUGCAGGCGAAUAAUUGCCAAUUUGAACGACCAGCGCGUGAAAAUCGUUUGGGCAUAUUCUCCAGCUCUGAAAAUGGCGAUAUACUACAACACAUUAUGGAGUUGGGCUAUGAGUUCGCAUUUGCUGCUGGUGCUGGCCAUAAAGCAUUGAAAGUUAUUACAUGGGAAGUGGAUUUGUAUUUGUUAAGCAAAGGUUCGACUUUCAAAUGGGAUACUUGUGCACCACAAGCCAUAUUGCGCUCGUUAGGAGGCGAUAUCUUCAGUUAUCGCGGUAGUAUUAGUGAAUGUAAGCCAAUACCACUUAGCUAUCUGGAGGGAGAUGAAGAGAUGGAAAAUACUAAAUGCAAUAAAGAUGGCUUAGUCGCGGUGCGUGAUGUGAGCUUAAUGGAUGAUUUGUUGACGAAUUUGGCCGGCUAAGCAUAAAGGAUGGAAAGUAAAUUGAGUUAAUGAAGGAAAAAGCAGAAGAUUUGGUUCUCAAAAAAUAUUAAUAGCCAGGUGCAUGUUGGCAUUCCUUUCUACUUCAAAAAUUUUAUAUAAUAUUUGAAUGUGUGGACUUUUGCUAGAGUUUUAUUAUUUUGCUAUUGCUAUUAUUUGUAAUGGUGUUGUUGUUAAAGUUAUUUUGGCAUUGUAUUUAAAAGUAAAUAUAUUGUAUUUUAGCAUAAAUUAUAAGGCAAGUGCAAUGUUAACAAUCAAAGCUAACUACUUAAUUUUGUGAUGCGUGCAAAUACGCUUUGGACAAGUAUACCUACAUAUAAAAUAGGUCUGUUUAUGUAAAAAUUAUCCAGUAACUUAAUUUCUGAGAAUUCGCGCUCAUAGUGAAAAAUAUCAAAAAAAAAAAAAAAAAUGUUUGAACUGAAAACUAGUAACAAUUUGCAAAUUUUACGAACAGCUGAUUAAAUUGUUGGCGGGCGAAAACAGAAAAUUUAAAAGAAUUCUCAGUUGAGCUACCUCGUGUUUAAUUUAAAAAAAAUGAAGCAAAUAAAAUGAAAAAUAACAAGUUUAGCAUUACAUCCUUUUUUUUGUCCACAAUAAUUUGUCCCAUUUCAUCAUUGCUGUCCGAUGAAGAAUAUUCUAUUAGAAAUAGUGUUAUUGUGGCAAUCACAGCUUUCCUUUGCUGUUGUUGUAGCAGCAUAAACAUUCCCCGAACUUACAUACGGGGAAUGCUGCUGGAGUCAGUCCUUGGCCGGAUAAAAAUCUGGGCCGCUUCGGUAACGUAGAACCGACUGUCGUGGAAACUAUAGCUUUCCUUUCCUUUUCCUUGCUUCCGUCUAUGCAUCUUUGUAUGUAUAUAUUUCGAAAAAUUAGUCAAUAACCAAGAAGUACAAGCAUAAAAAAGGAAGGUACAAAGGACCUUCAAUGCUUUUGAUUUGUAUUUCGGAAAAUGCAGCAACGUUGACUGAGGAUGUGAUUCAGAAGUGCAUUGCUCCAUAUUACUAGCCAAUUCCUAUUUAAUAAAUUACUUCAAAUAAACUUAAUAUAUUUUAUCUAAAAUAUAUUUACUUACAAUCUCCAUUUUAAUCACCAUUUUGAUUUUUUAAUUUUGAACUUUGACUCAAUUCGCAAAUUUGAAUCUGUGUUUAUUUUUACCUUGCGAUCAGCUGUUUUUCUCACUUACAAAUUCUUACGAGUAAACAUUUAUCCAGUAAAAACUUGCAACUUCCCCUCAAAAUGUAAUGCCAUUUAGCUCUCUCACUUUCCCCUACUUUGCAAGUUUUUUGGAUACAUGAACACCAAAGCUGGGUAGUUUCUAACAAUUGCCACAACUUCCUUGCUCCGUGAACAGACCUAAUAUUAUAUUUAUAGUCAUUAAGUUUGCUUGGGUAUAUUAUUUUAUUGAUGAUAAAAUCAAAAAGCAAUUUUAAAAGCAUACAUUAGCUACUGUAGCUGAAUAAUGCUGUAAAACUGAGACUUCAUUUAGUAUUGAAACAAAUUAUUAUACUUUGCAUAAACUUCAGAAUUUAUUGUUCUCUCAUCAACCUGGCUACAAAAUUGCGUAUCUCAUUAAAAAUGAACGACCUUGCCGUUUUUUGAUUUUUCACAGUAGUUCAAUUGAAAUCUAUGUUAUUUAGCAAAGAUCACCACCACCCUCCAAUAAGCCAAACUCUCAAUCGCGUGUUCUUCGAUAGUUGUUAAAACAUUUUAUUGGAUUUAUUGUUUUUAUUGUUUCCAAUACACAUUAUGGUACGCUAUUGCAAAUACAAUUAAAUAAACAAUGACACAUUAUUGUAAGACAUUACGAAUACAAAAACAAACAAAAAAUCAAAUCAAAAUACUAAUUAAAUGUAAAAAUUGUAAAAUAAAUGUACGCGAAAUGCUUUGAUGUUUCAAAGCAAAAAAAAGUGUACAAAUAUUAUAUUUAUUAUUUAGUUAGCUGCAGAAUAAGUUUACAUUUUCAAUACAUUAAAUUACAACAGAUGCACUUUGAGAGAAAAACGUUAACAUUUAAUACAAUAUAUCUAAUCUUUGUAAAACUAUUUGUUCAAAAUGUGCAUUAAAUAUUAAUGGCUGAGCAAAAAACACAGCAACAUAGACACAUACAGGGAGCGGUCGUAAAGACGAGCAUUUGAAAACAACAACACAAAAUUAUAAAUAUGCAGACUAAAGGUGAUGUUGUAGAAACGCUGGCAGUAGUAAAUUUUCGCCUUAACGAUAGAUAAUCAGUUUUAUUCGGAUAUGUUGGCAUUUACAUUAAACUUACGUAAUAAAUAAAUUGUUAUGGAAGCUGUU